CGCGGGCUGCAGAAAGACCGGGAGGACGUUAGCGAGGCGGAGGGAGGAGGAAGAGGCGGAGAAACGACGCCGCUGACGACGCCGAAGCGGGACAACCAGGCAGCGCCGGGCGACGACGAGGACAGCGGAGGGGAGCGCGACCCAGCCAGCGAAGCGAUGGCGUCGACGGAUUAUAGUACCUACACUCAAGCAGCUGCCCAGCAGGGCUAUACUGCAUAUGCGGCUCAGCCAACUCAAGGAUAUGCACAGACUACCCAGCAGGCCUACGGACAACAAAGCUACGGCACCUAUGGGCAACCCACGGAUGCCAACUAUACCCAGGCUCAGACCACAGCUACCUACGGGCAGACUGCGUAUGCGGGUUCUUACGGGCAGCCUCCAACUGGUGAGCAUCUCUGCCUUCGGUCGCUCUUGCGCAGGUAG